AUGCCCUGCCACUGGCGGCUGCUGCAGUGGCGGAACCUUAUGUGGGCUUGUGCCUUUAACCUGGUUUCGGUACCGCUUGCCGCUGGAGUGGCGUAUCCCACGGUGUCUCUACACCCUGCAGCAGCAGCUGCAGCCAUGGCCUGCAGCUGCUUGCUGGUGCUACUGAAUGCACAACGCCUGACACGACCGCCGGUGUGCUGCAUGGUGGGGGAUGGGCUGAAUGACUCCCCAGCCCUAGCUGAAGCGGCUCUGGGUGUGGCCUUUGGUGUAGGCAAUGCGCUGCCUCUGGCGGCUGCUGCAGUGGCGGUGGGGGGCCGCAGCUGGACGGAGCUCGUCGACCUCUUCCGCAUAGCGCGGCAGACCCGCAGCAUCAUUUGGUGGUAA